AUGUCAUUUUCAGAUAUGAAACCGAAUAACUCAGGAUAUGAUCCUGAUGAUCAAAAUAAAAAGGCCAAUUUAGGAUCGAUGAUAGACGAAAUAAAGUUGAAUGUGCCUAACAUUUUUACAAAAUCAAUUCCAAAGCAUUUAAUAUCAUCCAAUGUUUUAUUAAGGAUAUGCCCAACCCAUUUUGCCGAGCUUAAUUCCUAUUUACCAAACAUUAAGGGCCAUGUUUCUUAUUAUACUACUUGUAAAACGUUACAAUUGAUCUUAAGCUCAUUAGUUUUAAACCCAAAAGUGAAACUUCAUAUUCAAUCAAUUCGAACUAAUGUUUCAUCAGAAGAUACAGAUUCCACUUAUCAUUAUGUAUAUCCGCAAACAACAAAGAUUCAUGUGAGAUGGACGACUUGUCCUGAAGGCUGCCAUCAUCUUUCAACAAAUGAAAAUAUCGAUGAAGGUAAAAAUUUCCAUUCUACUUCAGAUGCUAAAUUGGGUUCUCAUAGCUGGUCUAAAUUCGAUACUCUGAAGUUUCUUAACUCCAAUAAUAACCCUGAUAUUCCCGUGGCUUCAGAUGAAUCAAAACCUUUUCAACAGUCACUGACUUCAAUUAAAAAUUUGCUAUCAAAUUUAACAACUGGUUUAAUAGGUCUUACUAAAGAAGAAAAGAAAUUGGAAAGAGUGAUUUCGGGUCUCUUCAUUUUUGAAUUAAAUACUGAUAAUACUGAAAUUGUUGUACAUACUAUUGAAGAUGUCGAUGUGAUUGAACGAACUGAAAUGGAAGACGUUGACGGAAAAUUACGAAUUUGCUAA